GCGACGACACUAUGAAGUCUUUCACGUAAGCUACAAUUUUGCGUGGCAUAUUCAGCACCUCCUCCAGAUGAUGCUGGCCAAAGAAUGAUGUUAGGUUUCUCACAGACAAAGAUAGAUUAUCUAUUUAGUCGAGUUAUGCUUAAAGCUGCGUCUCAGUGAUUGAAGUCUUCGGGUACGCGCGAGUGAAAGAUGAUUUUCACGCACCGUGAUUUCUUCUGAGGAUUCAGCGUCUCUGUUGUUUCAACACACCUUAUAUUUAGAGGAACCUCGGGCUGCGUUUAUCUUUUUCUGAUCAUUUUUGUGCAGUUUUAACAAUGACUGAGAAAAUAGCUCCCUGGUGGAGGUCUUUCGUGGGCAAGAGGAGAAAGGCAGCUAGAGAAUCUGCGGCGACCCUGGAGCAGGACCUCCGUCAUCAGUCUUCAGGAGGGACCACGCAGCAUCCCUCCGCUGAACCGGACCAGCAUCUCACCUCACCGACACGUCCAACCAAAGAAACGAGCAGCUUACCGAGUGACGAAACCUAUGACGACUCAGCUGUUCAGUCAACUUUCAACGAGAGCUCCAAUCGCCGCAAUCUCACCGUGUCCCGCUCCGGACGCUUCAAAGAGAAACGGAAGACCCGCGUGAGUCUUCCACAGGACCACGGAGAUGAUGAGAAACCCGCUGUAGCCAAAUCAACCGACGUCCUGUCAACGCGCUGACUGCAACCGCGUUUAUCCGAUGGGAGAGCAUUACCUCCAGUCUGACACUGUUGAGCUCCGUUUGACUCAUGAAUGCAAUGCACUUAUUGAAAGUUAUGAGGAUAGACUUUUGGAGUAGCCUAGGUUAUUCAUAUCACAGAGGCUUUAUUUUCCAAAUGUGGGAAAUAAGCUUACGACAUUUCCCUGCUGAAAAAAUCUUAGCCUAGUGAGGCUAGUCUUUUGUAGGUUUUGAAGUGGGUUUUGACACUUUACAACCAGCCUUAAGAUCAGCAACCAUAAAUUGUUUUUUUCCCCUGCAGGGUUACUGGACAUUCAGCAGAUUAAUUUUAUGUGAAGGAAAAAUGAUUUUUUUUUUUUUAGCUCUAUCAUGCAUAAUUUGCACUUUUUUGUGGUGUUACUGCAAUAUUUUAUGAAGGACUACAUAAGGAUUUAGAAGCAAUCAUUUUAAUGGUUAUCAGUGCACUGUAAGCACAGCCUUAUCAUGGCUUGUUUUUAAUGCUUGUCCAUGGCAUGCCACAGAUUUUUCAAGGGGGUUAGGGUGGUGGUAAUAUCCGUCCAGAAUCAUAUUAUUAUAUGCCUUGAUAGUCAUCCAUCCAACGUGCCAGAAAUCAAAGCCAUGUGUUUUCUUGUGUAGCUUGUUGUAUUGAAUCCAGGACACUUUGAGAGUAGUGAUUAGUUCUCCCACUGCAAAAAAGUAGUGCAACAUUUUCAGUAGAAAAACCAAAUAUUCUGUUCUUAUAUUUAGUUAAAAAUCUGAAAGUAAAGAUAUAACAGAGAAGUCAAGAAAAGCAAUAUAACUAAACUAUAGGCUGUUAGCUUAGCAAACAGUGUUUGCUGUAGUUAUAGUAGAGUAUUGAAGACACAAGCCGAAUAUGGAUAAAGUACUAUUCAGUCAUCCUAAAUUAUAACAGAACCUGAUAAUUGGGUUAAAAAAACUGUGAUCAAACUAUGAGAUCUAAUAAUUUCAUCUGUUAUUAAGAGUGAAGCUGGUUGUAAGAGAAGUAGGCCAUAGCUUCAGAUGUUCAGAUCCUUUGAGUAGGCAAAUGAUGCAUAUUUGGGUCUAUAAUGAAGAUUUAGACAAGGUUUCAGUGCAAUCAGGAAAAAAAUUGGAAUAUACUGUACUCUUAUGCAUUAGUUUGUUAAAUUUAGAUUUGGGAAGGAAGUGUUACUACAUCAGAUUUUAAAUAAACAGAUGCUUUUCCAUCUAAGGCAUCCAUUUGUGCA